AGAAGAAGCGCUACCGGGAGUCCUAUAUCAGUGACACACUAGACAUGGAUCUGGACCCCUGCGAUAAGAAUUCGCGUGGCAGCGGGAGCAGCGGGGGCAGCCGGAGGGAUAAACGUCUCUCACGCCAGUCCACGGGGAGUCACGGNAGCUCUCACACGUCGGGUAUUGAGGCUGACUCCAGGCACCGGGUGUCGGUGGAAAUGUCAGUGGAUGAGCCCUUCAGCAUUGACCGGGUGCAUAGGAAAGAGAAAUCCUGCAGCUCAACCAUCAGCUACGGUAGCUCUGGCAUUGACAGUGGCAGCAAAGGGCGGGCUGAAGACGACUCUCAGGACGACGAGCUUGAGCUGGCAGUAGAUGAGCCAGAGGAGGUGCCUGUAGAUGAGCCUUUAGAGGGAGACCAGUUAGAGGAGGCCACUGUGGGAGAAUCUGUUGAACCUCUUCCUCUAGAUGCUGCUGGCUGCCAAGCUAUAAAUCGUGAAUCGCUGUCUGUGGUGCAAGUCACGCUAAUAAAAAUGAGAGGUCAAAGUGUGGAAUCCCUUCAGCAGGUCAGAUCACCCAAAAGCAGGAGCUGCACGGACCAGCACAGCCAGAGUUUGGACGACAUCCGCCUUUACAAGCACCGGCACCCACCACUAAGUGCCACACUGUCUUCGGACACAUCCCACAGCUACACGUUUGGCUGCAGCCUGGAGGAUAAGCUGUCUAUCUAUGGCUGCGUUUAUUCCACAGUGGACUGCAAAACCAAGUCUGCCCUUUAUGGGAAGCGAUCCAUGAACUGCCUCUCCUUGGAUCUUCUGGGAGAGGACCAGCUGCCGGAGGAGUUUGUGGUGUAAUGAGAUUGGAGCUCUUCCAUACCAGGAAACAGCUCAUCAUGGAAAUAUAUACCUCAUUAACACAUGUGAUGUCACUCUGGUUCUUGCAGGAGAUUGUGAGCGGCUUUGUUACUCAGCUCCAUAAUCAGUAAGUGGCAUCACUUCUGCAGACCUGACUACAGGGCAAAUAAACUGGAGCGUAGCACUUAACGUUGGCGUUUGAAGUGUCUGUCUGAGCAGAAAAUGGAAGUGGCCUGCACCAUUAGCAGUGACACAACCAACAUAAAAACCAAAAACAGUGGACCAAAACUGACGCUGAGCUAGUAAAGCAGACACUGUGUCUAAAUGGAUUUAUCAGAAAGAAAUUUGAAGUCUAUGUCAGUUUUUCCUGCCUUUCUCUUGUGGUCCAUUUAUGUUAAUGCUAGUGUACAAAUAGUUUGGUUGUCUUGAGUUUGUGCUGCUGCAACACUGCCAACAGCUGUCAGGCCAGGAUAUGGUCUGAGCACAUUUGGAGGUUUGUGU